CUGAAACCCUUGGCUCCGCCACUCGUCCAUCAAUUUGCGCCACCGUCUGAGUAUAUAAUAAAAAAUGGAGAGUAGCAGUAAUAGUAGUUGUAGCUCAAACGACGUCGUAAAGUGGAGCGCAGAAGAAUCAAUAGCUGGCAACACCGAAGCACUUGAAGCUCUUCGAGAACUCAUUACAUAUCCUCUUCUCUACUCUCGUCAAGCCUCAAAACUUGGCCUUAAAUGGCCUCGUGGUUUGCUGCUUUAUGGACCUCCUGGAACUGGAAAGACUAGCCUGGUUCGUGCUGUUGUUCGUGAAUGUGAUGCUCACUUGAUAGUUCUGAGUCCACACUCUGUUCACAGAUCCCAUGCGGGUGAAAGUGAAAAAGUUUUGCGCGAUGCUUUUGCUGAAGCAUCUUCACACAUAAAACUGGGAAAACCUUCAGUUAUUUUUAUAGAUGAAAUCGAUGCUAUCUGUCCUCGUCGUGAUUCUAGAAGACAGCAAGAUAUUCGUGUAACAUCUCAGCUUAUCAUGCUUAUGGAUUCGAGUGAAACAUCAACUUCAGGGACGAAAGUUGUGGUGGUAGCAUCAACCAAUAGAGUAGAUGCACUUGAUCCUGCAUUAAGAAGGGCAGGUCGAUUCGAUGCUGAAGUUGAAGUAACAACUCCAAGCGAAGAAGAACGUCUUCAAAUUCUCAAGCUAUAUACAAAGAAAGUUCCCUUGGAUCCAAGUGUUAACUUGGAAGUGAUAGCAGCAUUGUGCAAUGGCUACGUUGGUGCUGAUUUAGAAGCUUUAUGCCGCGAGGCUACAAUGUGUGCAGUAAAAAGAUGUUCGAAUGUAAAUGAAGAAGCUUCUGCUUGUAGCUUAAUAAUGGAUGACUGGAAGAGUGCUAGGUCUAUUGUCGGUCCCAGCAUAACAAGAGGUGUAACUGUGGAAAUUCCCAAGGUUACAUGGGAUGAUAUUGGAGGACUAAACAAUUUAAAGAAAAAACUGAAGCAAGCUGUUGAGUGGCCUUUAAAACAUGCGGAUGCAUUUUCAAGGUUGGGUGUGUCACCUAUGCGUGGAAUUCUUCUUCAUGGACCUCCAGGAUGCUCAAAAACUACUCUUGCCAAAGCAGCGGCUCAUGCUGCUCAAGCUUCUUUCUUUUCUUUAAGUGGUGCAGAAUUAUUCUCAAUGUAUGUUGGAGAGGGUGAAGCUUUAUUACGCAAUACAUUUCGUAGAGCUCGUCUUGUUGCACCAAGCAUUAUCUUCUUUGAUGAAGCUGAUGUUGUUGCAUCCAAACGAGGAACUGGCUCAAGUGGGAGUUCAAUAGUUGGAGAGAGGCUUUUAUCUACCCUACUCACUGAAAUGGAUGGUUUAGAAGAGGCUAAAGGAAUACUUGUAUUGGCUGCUACAAACCGGCCACACGCAAUUGAUGCUGCUCUAAUGCGACCUGGACGAUUUGAUCUCGUGCUAUAUGUGCCGCCACCAGACUUGGAAGCUCGAUAUGAAAUACUUCGUGUGCAUACACGAGGCAUGAAAAUUGGAAAUGAUGUUGAUCUUAAACAAAUAGCAGAAGAAACUGAGCGUUUCACAGGAGCUGAGUUAGAAGGCCUAUGCAGAGAAGCUGGAAUCGUAGCUCUCAGAGAAGAUAUAACUGCCACCAUCGUACAUGGGCGCCAUUUUCAAACUGUCAAGAGCUCGUUAAAGCCAGCAUUGACUAAUCAAGAAAUAGAUUCAUAUGCGUCUUAUAUGAAGAAACCCACCCGGAAACCGCUGCAUCAACUUUCAUCUGCUGGUAAGAAAAAGCAUGAGCACAAAAGGAACUGGUUGUCAGGUUUGCUGGUUCCUGUCACGAUUAGUGUUGUGGGUUUAAUUGUAUUUAUGAGUUCAAGAGGUUAUUUUGUGAACCACAUGCAAAGUCCGACAAUGGGAAGGCUGGUGAGCACUUGACAUUGUAUCUUUUUCAUGUUAGGAGUUUACAGGUUUCACUUAUAUGUGUAUGCUUUUCAUGAAUAAUGCAUAUGCUAGAUUAUCUUCUUAA